CUGGCCCAGUCUAAGGACAUGAGGUGGAUUCUGCUUUUUGGAGCCCUUGUCGGGGUUGCAUGGGCCGUGCAAACAUUUGCCGGCGACCAAGUCCUCCGGGUCGAGCCUUGCAACGCUGAACAGGUCGCCCUACUGAAGCAGCUGGAAACGCAAGAAUCUCUCCAGCUUGAUUUCUGGCACUUCCCUUCCUACCCCAAUCGCUCAGCGGAUGUCCAAGUCCCUUUCACUUGUCUCCAAGCCAUCAAAGUCUUCCUGGAGACCCAUUGCAUCAAGUAUUCCAUCCUCAUCGAAGAUGUCCAGGCAAUGGUGGAUGAGGAAACCCGAGAGAUGGAGCUCAAUCAGCGGCGUGAACGCAGCCGGAGCAGUUUCAACUUCGCUGCUUAUCACCCCUUAGAAUCUAUUUAUAAAGCAAUGGAUAAUGUAGCGGCCCAGCAUCCCCAGCUCGUGAGCAAAGUCCAGAUUGGAGAGUCCUAUGAGAAGAGGCCCCUCAACGUUCUGAAGUUCAGCACUGGGGGGACCAAUCGUCCAGCAAUCUGGAUCGACGCUGGAAUUCACGCUCGAGAAUGGGUCACCCAAGCCACAGCUCUCUGGACUGCAAAUAAGAUUGCCUCUGACUAUGGGAACGAUCCGGUCUUAACCUCCGUGUUGGACUGCAUGGAUAUUUUCCUGUUGCCUGUGGCCAAUCCCGACGGCUACGUCUUCACUCAUACCAAAAACCGCAUGUGGCGGAAGACCCGGUCCCAGGUUCCCGGCAGCAGCUGCGUCGGAGUGGACCCCAACAGAAACUGGGACGCUGGCUUUGGAGGCCCCGGAGCCAGCAGCAACCCCUGUUCCGACUCCUACCACGGGCCCAGCGCCAACUCCGAGGCGGAGGUCCGGUCCAUCGUGGAGUUCGUCAAGAACCACGGGAACGUCAAGGCCUUCAUUAGCAUCCACAGCUAUUCCCAGCUGAUGAUGUACCCUUAUGGGUACAAGUGCAGCAACCCCAAGGAUUUUCAAGAGCUGGAUGAAGUCGUGAAAGCAGCUACCGGCGCCUUGACGUCCCUCUACGGCACCAAAUACAAAGUUGGGCCAAUUUGUUCCGUGAUCUACCAAGCCAGCGGGGGCAGCAUCGACUGGUCUUAUGACUACGGCAUCAAGUACUCCUUUGCCUUCGAGCUGCGAGACACGGGGCGGCACGGUUUCCUCUUGCCAGCCAAUCAGAUCGUCCCCACAGCGGAAGAGACUUGGCUGGCCCUGAAGACCACCAUGGCAUACUUGCGGGACCAGCCCUACUGAGAGGAGGAGGAGGAAGACGGGGGGCAGGCAGGGGAGGAAGGGAUCGUGGCCAACGAAACAAAGCCCUUGAGGCCGCCGGGUGACUUUGGGUUCAGUCACACUCUCUCCGUCUCACCUACCUCACAAGGUUGUUGUGAGGCUAAAACGGGGGUGUGGGGAGAAUGACGUAAGCCAUUUUGGUGACAAAAGGCCGUGUAGAAAUGAAUGGAUGAAUUAAUUAAAAAAAUCGAUGAAAUGCUGGACAGCAA